UUACACGUGUGAGAGAAAACGCUACGGCGAGUCUCUAAAGGUAAUUUUUCCGAUAUACGAUUCUCCGGCGAAAGAAAAAAGAAAAAGAAAAAGAGGAAUCGAUGAAGAAGACCCCGGCGAGAUCGAACGAAGCUGGUAAAUCUCAGAAACCUCCAUUCAGACCUGCCGUAGAUGACACCAAACCUGUUCUUCAGGACCCCAUUCUGAGAUCCGAUCCAAUGGAGACAGAAGAAGCUGUGCUGAGAUUGCCUCCUUUCCCAGUGAUCAGGCCAUCUGAAUCGUAGCUGCUCGGAUUAACUAGGUCUUUUUUAUCUCAUUUGUUGACUGUUUUGACAUUUUGAGUUUUGUUGGUGAUUGUGAAUGGGGUUGUUGAUGCCUGCUUGAUAA